AUGCUUCCUGAUGAGGUCGUCCAGGACCUGUUUUCAAGAUGGCGAACAACCACGUCACGUGACUACACUCUAACGGUGGCAUUCCGUGGUCGUCUGGGAAACAAUAUGUUUGAAUAUGCCUCAUUGCUAGGAAUUGCUGUCAGUACAGGAAAACAGCCUCUUAUUCCAAAAUCAAUAGAACUGAACAUACUGUUUAAUAUAUCUUUCAUCGGGGACAUGCGCAAUCAGUCUUCGACUCGUGUUUUAGAGAGACAAUAUGGCGCUUAUGACCGCAAGCUCCUUACACUGCCCGGUGGAAAUGUUGAAGUCUUGGGCUAUCUUCAAUCAUGGAAGUAUUUCCACUGCAUCAGAGCCUCGAUAAGAAAAGAGUUCAUGUUCAGACAAAAAUACAUCGAUCUCAGUGCUACUGACGACAAAAAUUGGUGCAGAAAAUAUGUUGUUUCCUCGGACAUAAUACUCAUGGAAAAUUCAGAUCCCUUUGUAGACUUUGCGACCUUGACCUUGUGUGAUCACAUGAUAAUGACUGUGGGGACAUUUGGAUGGUGGGCUGCUUGGCUUGGAGACGGGCAUGCUGUAUAUUACAGAGAUUUUCCCAGGCCAGGAUCGGGGUUAGAUAGAGAUCUCAUAAAAGAAGACCACUUUCUGCCGCAUUGGGUUCCUCUUGGUGCUUGA